AAACAAUUUAUAUGCCUCCAAAAGCUCCACCUCCAAAAAAGUUGACAAAAAAGGAAUUAAAGGAAAAAGCUGAACAAGAAAAGAAAGAAAGAGAAGAAUAAGAGAGAAUUCGUAAGGAAGCUGAAGAGAAGUAAAGAUUAGAAGAGGAACGGUUACGGAAAUUAGAAGAAGAAAGAUUGGCUGCAGAAGAGAAGGCUAGACUUUAAGAAGAAGAGAUAGAGAAUGAAGUUUAAAGAAGUGUUUUUAAGGAAAAUUUAGAUAAUGCAAAGAAAGUAAUAAUGAAAAUAUAAAAAAAUUUUAGGUAGCAAGAGCAAAUGAUGAUUGGGAUAAAUUUUUAUUAUGUUCAAUAAAGCCUGACAUAUCAUAGGAAGCUUAAUUAACAACCUUCAUAACAAUGAUGAGAGAAUAGAAGACAGUAAAUGAAUUAAAAGUUUAAGAGGAACUUUUAAAAUUAUAAUAAGCAGAAAAUAUAGAAAGAGAUAUUCAUAGAUUUUUGACUCAAUUAAAAGCUGAAAGGAAAUUAUAAUUAAAUUAACAAUAAUUGCAACAAUAAUAAUAAUAAUAAAUAAUUCAAAAUGAUACUGUUGCUAGAAAUAAAAUAUAUAUAUCUUAGAUUAGAGAAAUAAUGAUAAAAAAGCUUGAAGAGAUCAAUACUUAGAUGGUAUUAAAUGCUGAACUAUUUAUUGAUGUAAGAUAAAAUAUAUAUUUAAAGGAAAGAUUUGCAGAAUUAACAAAGAAAGCAAAUGAAGGAGCAAAAGGUACAUUUAAAUUAGAUGAUAAAACUAAAUAAGAAGUAAUCAAGACUUUUACUCCAACUGAAGACUUUAAAUAUGGUAUAUUUAUAUAUCCAUCAAAUAAACCAUCUGGUUAUAGACAUAAACCAAAUGAAUAUCCUGAACUUUAAUUAGCAGUAGAUGUACCAAGGUCUAUCUCUGUGUUUCUUUAAAAAAUAUUAUGGACUUCAUUUGAUAAUUAUUCUCCAGAUGUUUAUAGCAAAUAUAGAAUUGUUGGGGGUGUUUUAGAUAUAGAAUAUUUAUAAAUGCUACCUCCACCUAAAAAAGUUAAUAGUUGGACAUUGAAAUAAAAUUAUGAAUUAAAAGAAACAGUUAAAAGAUUAGCUUUUGAAUUAAAUGCUACUUUUAAAGUAAAAUUCAAUUUAGUUAAUAUUAGGUUUCUUAUUAACUUCCUUCUUAUAUUUGGAUUCCAAAUAAAGAAAACUAAAAAGUAUGGAGAGUAGCAUUUUUUGAUAGAGUAAGUGAAUAAUGGAUUACAGAUGGUGUUGAAGAUGCUAAAUUAGAUAAAGGAACCAAUAUUGUGGCAAGUGUUCCAAAAUUAGGUCCAAUUGGAUUAUUAUAAGAAAGAUGUCUAGAUUAUCCUUAUAGAAGUUUUAAGCUCAGAUGUGUUGGAAAUGAAAAAGCUAUUUUAGAUAUUUAAGGAGCUAGAGAUUUAUUUAAAUUUGAAAUUGGCCCAGGAUAUAUUCAAUUAUUGAAAAAAGAACCAGUAUUAAANAAAGUUUAAGAGGAACUUUUAAAAUUAUAAUAAGCAGAAAAUAUAGAAAGAGAUAUUCAUAGAUUUUUGACUCAAUUAAAAGCUGAAAGGAAAUUAUAAUUAAAUUAACAAUAAUUGCAACAAUAAUAAUAAUAAUAAAUAAUUCAAAAUGAUACUGUUGCUAGAAAUAAAAUAUAUAUAUCUUAGAUUAGAGAAAUAAUGAUAAAAAAGCUUGAAGAGAUCAAUACUUAGAUGGUAUUAAAUGCUGAACUAUUUAUUGAUGUAAGAUAAAAUAUAUAUUUAAAGGAAAGAUUUGCAGAAUUAACAAAGAAAGCAAAUGAAGGAGCAAAAGGUACAUUUAAAUUAGAUGAUAAAACUAAAUAAGAAGUAAUCAAGACUUUUACUCCAACUGAAGACUUUAAAUAUGGUAUAUUUAUAUAUCCAUCAAAUAAACCAUCUGGUUAUAGACAUAAACCAAAUGAAUAUCCUGAACUUUAAUUAGCAGUAGAUGUACCAAGGUCUAUCUCUGUGUUUCUUUAAAAAAUAUUAUGGACUUCAUUUGAUAAUUAUUCUCCAGAUGUUUAUAGCAAAUAUAGAAUUGUUGGGGGUGUUUUAGAUAUAGAAUAUUUAUAAAUGCUACCUCCACCUAAAAAAGUUAAUAGUUGGACAUUGAAAUAAAAUUAUGAAUUAAAAGAAACAGUUAAAAGAUUAGCUUUUGAAUUAAAUGCUACUUUUAAAGUAAAAUUCAAUUUAGUUAAUAUUAGGUUUCUUAUUAACUUCCUUCUUAUAUUUGGAUUCCAAAUAAAGAAAACUAAAAAGUAUGGAGAGUAGCAUUUUUUGAUAGAGUAAGUGAAUAAUGGAUUACAGAUGGUGUUGAAGAUGCUAAAUUAGAUAAAGGAACCAAUAUUGUGGCAAGUGUUCCAAAAUUAGGUCCAAUUGGAUUAUUAUAAGAAAGAUGUCUAGAUUAUCCUUAUAGAAGUUUUAAGCUCAGAUGUGUUGGAAAUGAAAAAGCUAUUUUAGAUAUUUAAGGAGCUAGAGAUUUAUUUAAAUUUGAAAUUGGCCCAGGAUAUAUUCAAUUAUUGAAAAAAGAACCAGUAUUAAAUAUAGUUUCAUUUUUAGGAAUUCUAACACUUUGCAUAUAAAAAAUUAUUAGUGGGAGCAUUAUUUUAUGAAUUAUAUAGAAGUGGUGUUAAUUUUAUUCCAGUUAGUGAAGAUGCUUAAUCAGCUAAUAUUGUUUAAAAAGAUGAAGCUGCAGAAGAAUUAGCAUUAAAUGAUUUAUCAGAAGCUAUUAGAGGAUUCUAUAUUGAAUCAAGUAGAUGGAACAAUAGUGAUACGGGUCCAUAAAUAGUUGUGAAACUUAAAGAAAAUCCAGAAUUUGAUGAGGUUUUUAAUAAUCUAAUUUAAAAUAGGAAUUUGCAGAAAAUUAGGAAAAAGAUUGGAAAACUAUCAAGUGGUGGAAUAACAAAUGCGCUAUAAUCUAAGCCAGAGAUUCACAUUAAAAAUGUAAUUAAGCUCUUUUACCUGAUACUGAAACUCAUUGCAAUUUAGAAGUUCUAUUGAAAAUGCAUUCAUUAACCACCUAAGAAACUUUAACAAAAAUGAAAGUAAUAGUAAUUAAAUAUAUCUAAGGACUUACAUUAUGUUAUUUUUAUUGAAACGAUAUAAUAGGUACUUAGAAUAACUAAAUUAUUAUCAUUUACAGUAAGAGAUUGA